UUUUUUUAAAUCACACCAAAUAUAUUUAUCCAAUUACUAAAAUCGAGAUUAAAGCUUGGUAGCUACAAAAAUAUAUAAUACAACAUCUAAUGGAAGGGUGUUUCAGCAUCACAUACCUAUUAUUUUAUAGAUAUUUUAUAAUUGGAUAAAUAAUAAAUUUUAAUUGAUGAGGAUCCAAAAGUUAAAUUUGAAAACAUAUGGUGAAAACAGAGUGAGUGAAUGAAUGAGCGAAUAAAACAGAGUCAACGUGGAUGUAAAUAGAAAGAAGUAUCCUAGUGUGGAUUAGAUAGAUUAUAGAGACAGCAUUUUAAGACCAAUAGGAAAUAGCCAAGAUUUAACGACAGCCACAUGACUGACAUAAUAGAGAAGAGGCAGACAGGUAGUGAGAUGAGAUGGCAGCAACAUCUUGGCCAAGUCUCACCUUCACAGGUUGUCUAAACAAACACGCUCCACCCUCUGUCUCAUCCAGAAUCAAGAAUCUUCCUCUCCGCCCUGCCAAAUCAAAUUCCCUGAUCAUCAAGGCCUUCUUCCACGCCAGGCCCACCAUCUUGGUCACUGAGAAGCUGGGCGAACCGGGCCUUCAACUGCUCAAGAGAUUCGCCAACGUUGACUGCUCUUACAACUUGAGUCCCGAGGAGCUCUGCACCAAGAUCUCUCUAUGCGAUGCCCUCAUAGUCAGGAGUGGCACCACUGUAAGCCGCGAGGUUUUUGAGUCGUCCGGGGGUCGACUUAAGGUGGUGGGGCGAGCUGGUGUUGGUAUUGACAAUGUUGACUUGUCUGCCGCCACAGAACACGGCUGCCUUGUUGUCAAUGCCCCUAACUCCAAUACUAUUGCUGCUGCCGAGCAUGGGAUGGCUCUGCUCAUGGCCAUGGCGCGUAACAUUCCUCAGGCUAAUGCUUCUAUUAAACAAGGAAAGUGGCAGAGAAAUAAGUAUGUUGGAGUCUCCUUAUUAGGAAAAAAACUUGCUAUAAUGGGAUUUGGAAAAGUUGGAUCAGAAGUAGCUCGGAGAGCAAAAGGGCUGGGAAUGAAUGUCAUGGCACACGAUCCCUAUGCACCAUUAGAUCGUGCCCGUGCCAUUGGUGUGAAGCUAGUGAGCUUUGAAGAAGCCAUUUCGACUGCAGAUUUUAUAUCCCUGCACAUGCCUCUCACCCCUACUACCUCUAAGAUGUUUAACAAUGAUUCUUUCUCCAAGAUGAAAAAGGGAAUUCGAAUUAUCAAUGUUGCUCGUGGUGGUGUCAUUGAUGAGGCAGCUCUAGUUAGCGCCUUGGACUCUCAGAUUGUUGCUCAGGCCGCACUUGAUGUAUUCAUGGAAGAGCCACCACCGAAGGACAGUAAGUUAGUACUGCAUGAAAAUGUGAUUGUGACUCCUCAUCUUGGUGCUAGUACUACUGAGGCCCAGGAAGGUGUGGCCCUUGAAGUGGCAGAAGCUGUUCUUAGAGCUCUAAAUGGAGAGCUUUCUUCUACUGUUGUGAAUGCACCUAUGCUCUCUGCUGAGGUUUUAUCAGAACUAGAACCAUUUGUUGCCUUAUCAGAAAAGCUAGGUAGACUGGCAGUUCAAUUAGUGGCUGGUGGAAGUGACAUGAAAUUAGUAAAGCUAACUUAUGGCUCAGCUAGAAAUCCAAAUGAUCUGGACACAAGGGUGCUCCGUGCUAUGGUGAUAAAAGGUCUGAUUGAGCCUAUUUCUAGUGUUUCCGUAAAUCUUAUCAAUUAUAAUUUCAUUGCUAAACAGAGAGGAUUGAUAAUAGCAGAAGAGAGAAUAAUUUUAAAUGGUUCACCUGAGAAUCCAAUAGAGUUUAUCCAACUUCAAAUUGCCAACGUGGAAUCAAAUUUUGCCAGUUCUAUUUCUGACUCUGGUGAGAUCACAGUGGAGGGAAAACUCAAAGAUGGGAAACCUCAUUUGACCAAGGUAGGAUCUUUUGAGGUUGAUGUGAGCCUGGAAGGGUGUAUCAUACUUUGCAAGCAAGUUGACCAACCGGGAUUGAUUGGAAAAGUUGGAAGCAUUUUGGGUCAAGAGAAAGUAAACGUGAAUUUUAUGACAGUUGGGAGGAUUGCUCCCCGAAGACAAGCUGUGAUGAUCAUUGGAGUGGAUGAAGAUCCAAGUAAAGAAGUACUGAAAAAAAUUGGUGAGAUAUCAGCCAUUGAAGAGUUUGUCUUCCUCAAGUUGUAAUCAUACUUUUUCUAUACCUAUUGUUCAAAUAGAGAGUGUCACCUACCAAAUCUCUUUGUUUUUUUUUCUUUUAUUUUCUUUUUGGCAUAUUCAUUUUAUUGGAUUAAUUCUUAGUAUAUAGUGGCUCUAAUGUUUAUGAAA